UGGGAAAGAAGAAAUCCCAAUUGAUGUCGCUAGAUUUUAUUGCAAGAAGAGAUCCAAAUCGAUAUCGCCCGAAAAUUGCAGCAAAUCCAAUUCUCACACAUCAACGAUUAAGAUUAGAGGAAGAGGGUUCUGAUCCAAUGUGAUUUCAUAUUUCAGACAUUCGUGAAAGAAUUGAGGCCAAGAAGAAUGUGGUUCGUUUCCCUUUUCCCUCUCUUAAUCUCUUUUCUCUCUUUUAAUUUCUAAUAUUUCUUUUUAUCUAAUUUAAUUUCUGAAUUUGAGAAAAUUCAUACAUACACAUCUUUGGGUCCAUAUUUUCUCUCCAUAAUUUCCUUCUUCCAUCUUCAUAUUCAAUUUUCAUACUCCGUAGUUUUGUUCAACUGGUACGUGGCUACUCUGCUUUCCUUCUUCUUCUUCUUCUUUUUUUAAUUAAUUGUUAAUUGCUUUGAUUUGUUUUUGUAUUUUAAUUUAUUGGUUAUGAUCUUAUGUAUUUGAAUUUGAAGCAGUUUUUGUUUCCUCUGCCUGAUAUAAUUGAUUUCUUGAUAUUCGCAUUGAAUUGCGUCUUCCUUUUAAGUUGAUAUACGUAUAUAUAUAUAUGUAUAUUUUUGAAUUAGCUCAAGACCCUAUCGUUACUCUUUGUGGCUACCUCUUUUGUUGGCCUUGUUUAUACAAAUGGCUUCAUCACCACUCACAAUCACAUGAAUUUCCUGUUUGUAAGGCUCUUAUUCAAGAGGAGAAGUUGGCCCCCCUAUAUGGCCGCGACAAAACUCAGUCUGACCCAAGAUCGAAAUCUUAUUCGGGUAUCGAUAUUCCUCAUCGCCCCGCCGGCGAGAGACCUCCAACAACUCCUCCGUCAGAUGCAAAUCAGUUUACAAAUAAUGGGUUUGGAUUUAUGGGAGGGUUUGUCCCCAUGGCAACUGCAAGAAUGGGAAACUUCACUUUGGCUACUGCCUUUGGUGGAUCAAUACCAUCAUUGUUUAACAUGCACUUUCAUGGUUUCCCUGAUGCUACUGUUUAUGGCAUAACUUCUGGUUUUCCUUAUGGAUUCCAUUCCUUUCAUGGUGGUCAUGCUCAUCAUGGCUUUCCCUAGCCAGCUAAUCGGGGUUCGAAUGCUGAUAAUGCCUUGAAGAACCUUCUUAUGGUGGUUGGAGUAUUUGUGAUCCUAGCACUGAUUUGUUAGUGAUGGUGAAGAAGGCCACAUUCUGCUUUGUAGAGAACUCAAAAAUAGACUCAAAAUCCAUGGCAAUCUGGUACUUACAAUUCCCCAAUUUUCUAUAUGUAAAUACAUUAGCUUUGUGGUUAAUCUUCUAUGCCUCCCAAUCUUUUCCAAUGUUGAUUUUUUUUGUUGCCAAUUGUGUUAUGAGUAUAUGCAAGAAACCUAAUGUUUUCCUAAUAUAUGUUUUUCAAAAUUUCACCC